AAAAUGUGCAGUACAGUAACGGAAAAUCAUCAUGGCAAUCUCUACGGGAUGGGCUGAUGCUGGUUCUUCAGCUGUUCAUUGCUGUUGCUGUAGCUGUGAUACUGUGGAGGGUGUUUGUGACUCAACCAAAUGCUGCGAAUGGAUCGUCUUCAGGGAUUGGUCAACCAAGCGUUGCGCCAACUUCCAAACCUAAUACAGACGCACCGACGACAUCUCCAGCGACAGAACCUGAAGUAUGCAUGACGCCCAGCUGCUUACGAACAGCCGCCAGAUUAGUAGAGAACAUGAACACCGAUGCUGAUCCGUGCGAGGAUUUCUACGAGUACGCCUGCGGAGGGUGGCUGAAGAACACCGUCCUCCCUCCCGAAGCUGGGCGGCUCAGCUCCUUCAGCGCGCCGUCUUCUUUCAUCGUCUCCGCCAUGAGAAGUCUCUUGGAAGCUACAAACUUCGAAUCAGAUGUCGAAGCCAUACAGAAGGCUAGGGCGUUCUACAGGUCCUGUCUUAACGAAGUAACCUUGGACCUGAAAGGUGCCCAGCCCCUGCUUGACCUAGUCCAGGAGCUGAACGGUUGGCCGGUGCUGGACGAUGAUUGGUCAGAAGAAAACUGGGACCUUCUGGACACCCUGGUCAAGUUGCGCAUGCGCGGUAAUAGCCUACUAUUCAGCAUGUACCUCACUAGCGACGACAAGAACUCGUCCAACUACAUCCUUGCGUUUGACCAGGCCGGCCUUGGACUGUCAAGUGAAGUCUACUACCUUUCGGACAGCUACGAAGGGGUUCGACAGGCCUACCUGAACUAUGCAGUCAACAUUGCUGCAAAACUGCGACCUGAUGAAAACCGCACUGUGGCGCUUCAACAGAUGCAGGACAUGCUGGACUUCGAAAUAAAGCUUGCUGAGAUAUUGACCCCACCAAGCGAGCGACGUGACCCGGAAGCGCUCUACAACAAGAUGACCUUAGCUGACAUGUCAGGAUACUUUGACUUCCCAUGGAUGGAGUUUGUGAAUCUUGUUGUUGGAGAAGCCGUUGGUGAGGUAAUCACAGCAGAAGAAGAUAUCCUAGUGUACGCGCCUGAGUACCUCCUGGCUCUCGGACCACUCUUACAACAGACUGACAACAAGACUAUAGCUAACUACAUUAUCUGGCGAAUGGUACGGAAUCGCGUGUCGUACCUCGGCUCGGAGUUUCUGGCGAUUAGGGACGAGUUUAACCGAGUGGUGUUCGGGACCGAGCCGUCGGCAAGAUGGACGACCUGCGUGGGGCGCACGAACAGCAUCAUGGGUACCGCUGUGAGCCGGAUGUACCUGCUCCGAUACUUCGAGGAGAGCAGCAAGGACAAGGCGGAGGUUAUGAUAGACUACAUCCACCACGCGUUCCUGGAACUGCUGACAGAGAACGACUGGAUGGACGAGGACACCAAAGUUGUCGCCGCUGAAAAGUUCCAGUUUGACGAAGAUGAAUACUUCGAGAACUAUGUGCACUAUCUGAUGGCAUCUUCCAACAGUACCUUCAGUUUCCUGAGGAAGCCAGUCAACAAAGACACGUGGAUAACGGUACCUACUGUCGUGAAUGCAUUCUACUCUCCAUCAAGAAACUCUAUCAGUUUUCCAGCAGGAAUUUUGCGAUCUCCAUUCUAUGAUGGGGACUAUCCCUGGUAUUUGAACUUCGGAGGUAUCGGUGCUGUCAUUGGCCACGAGAUCACGCAUGGCUUUGACGAUUCAGGACGUCAGUUCGACAAGAACGGUAAUCUUGAACACUGGUGGAACGAAGAAAUCACCGACAGUUUCAAGGAGAAGGCCCAGUGCAUGAUCGACCAGUACAGUAACUACGUGGACCCUGAAACAGGGGAUUUGAAGCUUAACGUUAGUGGUCGUUUGACUGCCGGAGAAAACAUCGCUGAUAACGGUGGCCUGAAACAAACCUUCAGGGGGUACAAGAAGUGGGCAGCUGCCAAUGGACCAGAACCGAUGUUGCCUGGACUAUCCCUGGGCCCAGAACAGCUACUGUUUGUCAACUUUGGACAGACUUGGUGUGCAAAGGCUAAUCAACAGACUGCACAGAGGCUUCUAUUCACGGACAACCACAGCCCGGGAAGGUUUCGUGUGAUUGGCACCUUAUCCAACAGUCGUGACUUUGCCGAGGUGUUCAGUUGCCCAGAAGGAUCACCCAUGAACCCUCGCGGGAAGUGCACCGUUUGGUGAAGCCGGAAUGAUCUUCCCCUUCCUCACCUCACCUCACCUCACCUCACCUCACCUCACCUCACCUCAGCAGGCCCAGAGCCACAACAGCCGUAGGGGCAGCAAUACAAUGAACAUUUUUCUUACGUCUCUACCCAUAUUUGCCUCCUUACCUGGAGUUAAUUAAAUCGGUUAGUGUGUUUGUUAAUUUUGUUUUUGUGUGUGUCUGCAGUUAUUUAGUAUAGAAUGUUAGCCUACAAAGACGUAAGGAGAAAUGGUGUAAAAGGAUACUUGAAGAAUUGGAGAACAUCAGUUUUUCUUUGGUGCAAUGUUGUAGACAUGAAGGAAGACUCGUGGCCAUGGCUACACCCACACGGUCGCUGGCGGUGCCAUUCAAAGUAUGUUUGUUUUAAUCAUUUUGGUAUAAGCCUGCAUGAUGUGGAUAUUACAUUGUGGAAACUUGUAAGGUGAAAUUGGUGUAAUACGAUAUUUGAUGAAAAGAAUUGGAAGUAUGAUUACGAUCGGGUCCAAUGGUGUUGUAGAGAUCCAGAAUGGCUUAUGGCUACACACACACACAGUGAUGUCAGGUUUGUUUUGGUACUUACACUUAGACCUUGUUAUAGAUGCACUUGUUUUCUAGGAUAUAUGUAUGUGGAUAGUGCUUCUUUAACAAUUGUUUCAAGUAUUUAUGCCUAUUGUAACCAAUGAUUCAAUUUCUUACGCUAUUUUUUUCACUCAUUUAAAGCACGUAUCACUGUAUUGUAGCAGGCAUCACUGUAUUGUACCAUUCACAUUAAGAUUACGUGAGACAAUUGUGUCGAACAUACGUUUAUCCCUAGUUUCAUGGAAACACUUAUCAUCCAGAAUAAAUCAAUAUUGCAC